AUGGAGGAUCUGGACGACAAGUGCGCUUCUUUGCGCUCAGAAAUUGCCGCAACAGAAGCGCAACUAGCGAAGCUCAAGCGUGAACUCCAAGAAGCUGAAGAAUCAGCAAGAGUGAGCCGAGCCACGAACAAUGCCCAACCUGCAACGAGUGGCUCCCGACGGGGGAGAAAGUGGCCGUUACUUGAAGAGGAAUACAGAAGAUAUGGCAGACAAAUGAUUGUUCCCCAGGUCGGGUUGCAAGGACAACUCAAACUCCGAGAAGCGAAGGUGCUGUUAGUCGGCGCAGGAGGGCUGGGAUGCCCGGCCGCACUAUAUCUCGCUGGUGCUGGUGUUGGUACACUGGGGCUCGUUGACGGGGACACGGUCGAGUCUUCGAAUCUUCACCGUCAAGUGCUGCACAGAAGCAAGAAUGUUGACAAGUUUAAGGUCGACAGUGCAAUUGAGUAUUUGCAAGAGCUGAAUCCGCAUCCAACGUACAUUGCGCACCGAGCCAACCUCGCGCCCCAAGAAGCGGCUGAUAUCUUCAAGGAUUACGACCUGAUUCUCGACUGUACGGACAAUCCUGCAACCCGCUACCUGAUAUCGGAUAUAGCUGUGCUCUUGGGGAAACCGUUGGUGUCAGCGUCCGCGUUGCGAACUGAGGGUCAGCUCAUGGUAUUGAACAAUCCUCCUCGGCCACCAGGGGAUAAGACGGGAGGACCAUGCUAUCGCUGUGUUUUCCCCCGGCCACCACCGGCGAAUAGUGUUACAAGUUGUGCAGAUGGUGGGAUACUUGGACCAGUGGUCGGAACCAUGGGCGUUCUGCAAGCAUUGGAAGCAAUCAAGUUGCUUACGCGUGAAACAAAUGAGCCUACACCACCGUCACUGCUCAUCUUCUCGGCAUAUUCUUCACCACAGUUUAGGACGAUUAAGUUACGGUCCCGGCGUCCUAACUGUGCAGUGUGUUCCGCCGAAGCGAGCGUGAAUUUGGAGAGCGUCAAGACGGGUUCAAUGGACUAUAUCUUCUUCUGUGGAACCGCGGGCCUGGAAGACGCGCUCUCUCCGGAAGAGAGAAUUACACCAUUGGAGUAUCGUGAGAACCACAGCAGUGCGGACAGGCAUAUCAUCGAUGUACGGGAAAAAGUCCAGUUCGACAUUUGCAGCUUGGACAACAGUAUCAACAUUCCGUUCUCUCAAAUUCUCGCUUCGACUGCCAGUGCAGCUCCGAAGGAGGACGGUCCGGAACCGCUUCCUGCAUGGUUGCCUGCUGAGGUUGCCGCAGAUUCGAACAAUCCAAUCUACGUCGUAUGUCGACAAGGCAACGAUUCGCAGACUGCGGUUAGAAGGUUGAAGGACCUAGGAUUGGAUCGCGGAGGCGAACGGCUGAUUGUCGAUAUCAAGGGAGGAUUUCGCUCCUGGCGAGAACAGGUCGAUCCUGAGUGGCCUGAUUACUAG